ACACUAACUACAGUUCAAAGAGCACACCAUCAGAGACUGGCUGAGAGACGGAGACAGAGGGGAUCCCGUGUGCAACACAACUUUAUAUUUCCACAGUUUCCACACUGACAGGAUCUCAUCUUCUGUAGUUGGACCAUUAUCAUCCAACGACAGCACCUAGAAAAUGGUGUUUGGCAUCCGGAAGCGCAUCCAGGACCACCUGGUGGAGCGAAGAAUCCGCAGAAGCCGGCUGGUGACCAAAGAUGGCCACUGCAACAUUGAAUUCGGCAACGUGAAGUACGGCAACCACUUUGCCUUCCUCGUGGACUUCUGGACAACCUUCGUGGAGUUCCGCUGGCGCUUUGUCCUCUUCUUCUUUAUCGCCUCAUUCACCCUGAGCUGGUUCAUCUUCAGCCUGCUGUGGUUCUGGAUCGCCCGGAACAACGGGGACCUGACGUGGCAGAACCCGCCAAGCAACCACACCCCCUGUAUGUGGAACGUCUACGGUCUCACUACGGCCUUCCUCUUCUCCCUGGAGACCCAGACCACCAUCGGGUAUGGUGUACGCGCUGUCACCCCCCAAUGUCCUGGUGCCGUAGCCCUCAUCAUUAUCCAGACUCUCAUAGGGGCCCUCAUACACUGCUUCAUGUGUGGAAUCAUUGUGUCCAAGAUAUCCCUCCCUAAGAAAAGGGCCAAGACCAUCUCAUUCAGUGAGAUGGCUGUCAUCUGUCCUAAGAAGGACUUCCUUUGCCUUAUGAUAAGAGUGGCCAACUUACGCAAGACCCUGAUGAUCGGGAGCCAGAUCUACGGCAAGCUGUUGAGGACAACAGUCAAACCCGACGGGGAGACAAUCAUCAUGGACCAGGUGAACAUUGAGUUCAUGAUGGACGCUGGGAAGGACAACCUCUUCUUUGUGUGCCCUCUCACACUCUACCAUGUGAUUGACAAGACUAGCCCUUUCUUUGAGAUGGCAGUGGACACUCUCCGUAAGCAGGAGUUUGAGCUGGUGGUCUUUCUGGAGGGCACAGCCGAGACCACCAGCUCAGCCUGCCAGGUCAGGACUUCCUUCAUUCCUCAGGAGAUCAUGUGGGGUUACAACUUCCUACCCAUCAUCUCCCGCAGCAAAGAGGGCAAGUACAGAGUGGACUUCUCCAACUUCUCCAAGGUAGUGUCCGUGGCCACUGCACACUGUGCCUACUGCUUCCACAACAUAAUGGGACACCACCUCCCCUCCAUUAAUGCAAUCGACAAUGUUGGAUUUGAAGUUAUUGAUAUCCUAGAAUAAUUUAAUACAACCAAGAUGUGAACUUUUGGAUGGCAAUUUGUGAAUAAUUUUUUUCAUCUUGUAAUAUUUAUAUAGACGGUAGGGUCUGAAAUGAUUGACACCCUUUAUAAAGAUGACCAAUAGUGACUAUAAAAAUUUAUUCAAAUACUGAGCUAUAAUUUUUGCAAUUAUAUUAUUUUAUACUAAGAAAAUUGCUCAGAGAAAGAGAUUUUGUUUAACAAGUAAUAUAUUGGGGUCAAAAGUAUUGACAUCCCUAAGAUUCUUAUAUAUAAAGUAGUCAAAAGUUUAGCAUUUGUUUCCAUAUUCCUAGCAUGCAAUGACUACUUCAAGCUUGUGACUACAAACUUGUUGGAUGUAUUUGCAGUUUGUCUUGGUUGUGUUUCAGAUUAUUUUGAGCCCAACAGAAAUUAAUGGUAAAUAAUGUAUUGUGUCAUUCUGGAGUGAGUUCUAUUGUAAAUAAGAAUAUAAUAUGUUUCUAAACACUUCUACAUUAUUGUGAAUGGUACCAUGAUUAGAAAUAAUCCUGAAUAUAUCGUAAAUAAUGAUGAGUGAGAAAGUUACCCAGGGUCAAAGAUCAUACCCCUAGACAUGCUAACCUCUCACCAUUACCUACUUGAUCCUCUGACCCUCUACUUCGUUCAAGAGACUUAAAAAGCUGAAAUAUUUUAUGCCUUGCAGAGACGUGGCUGUAUGACUAUGUACGUAGGACUCUGCUGUUUCUCCUUUCAGCGGCAUAGUCGGAUGAAGCCAGCCUCUGGCAAGUCCAAAGGGGUCCUCUGCUUCCAGUGUGAAGGAAAUCUUUAGCCUUUGCUCAACUGAUAUAGAAUACCUCAUAGACCCUUUUAUCUACCAAGAGAGUUCUCAUCUGUAAUCAUUACGGCCAUAUAUAUCCCUCCACAAGCCAAUAUCACUCUGAAACUCAACAAACUGUAUGAGACCAUAAACAAACAAGAAACUGCACACCAACUGAUAGGUGCACACCUCCCACUGUAUCUGGAACCUGGACUUCCUGACGGGACGGCCCCAGGUGGUGAGGGUAGGCAACAACACCUUGGCUAUGCUGGCCAUCAACGCAGGGGCCCCUCAAGGGUGUGUGCUUAGUUCCCUCCUGUACUCCCUGUUCACCCACACCUGUGUGGCCAUACACGACACCAACACCAUCAUUAAGUUUGCUGGAGACACAACUGUGGUAGGCCUGAUCAUCGAUGGCAAUGAGACAAGAUUUACAGGAAUGAGGUCAGAGACUGGGCAGUGUGGGGCCAUGACAACAACCUCUCCCUAAACAUCAAUAAGACCAAGGAGCUGAUCGUGGACUACAGGAGAAAUAGGGGAGAGCACGCCCUUCAUCCACAUCGAUGGGGCUGUUGUGGAGCGGUUUGAGAGCUUCAAGUUACUUGGCAUCCACAUCACUAAGAACUUAACAUGGUCCACACCCCCCGCAAAGUCGUGAAGAGGGCACAAAAAAUUGGCGAAGACCCCAUCCACCCAAGCCAUUGACUGUUCACUCUGCUACCGUCUGGCAAACAGUACCGGAGCAUCGGCUCUCUGACCAACAGGCUCCGAGACAGCUUCUACCCCCAAGCCAUAAAACUGCUAAAUAGCCAUAAGACUACUAAAUAAUUCAUAUAUAAACGGAGUGUACAAAACAUUAGUAACAUCUUCCUAAUAUUGAAUUGCACCCCCUUUUGCCCUCAGAACAGCCAGAACAGCCUCAAUUCAGUUGUGUCAAGUUGUGAUACACACAGGAAACUGUUGAGCGUGAAAAACCCAGCAGCCUUGCAUUUCUCCAUACACUCAAACUGGUGCGCCUGGCACCUAAUACCAUGCCCCAUUCAAAGGCACUUAAAUAUUUUGUCUUGUUCAUUCACUGUCUGAAUUGCACACAUACAAAAUCCAUGUCUUAAUUUUUUGUCAUUUAGCAAACGCUCUUAUCCAGAUUGACUUACAGUAGUGAGUGCAUACAUUUUUCAUGCUGGUCCCCUGUGGGUAUCGAACCAUGUUCUACCAACUGAGCCACACUGGACUAUCUUUAACCUGUCUCCUCUUCAUCUACACUUAUUGAAGUGGAUUUCAUAAGUGUCAUCAACAAGGGAUCAUAUCUUUCACCUCGAUUCACCUGGUCAGUCUAUGUCAUGAAAAGAGCUGGUGGUCCUAUUGUUUUGUAUAUUCAGUGUAAACACACGAAAUACACACUCACUACACUGACACUCUCACACGAAACCCACACACAUGCACAUACACUACAUACACAUGCACAUAACACACACACGCAUACCGACCACACAAACACACAUAUACACACACACGCAUAACGACACAACACAAACACAAACACAAACACACAGACACACACACACACAGACACACGCAAACAUACACACACACACACACACUUUUACACUCAUAUGCUCUGUUCUUUAUUUUACUCUUAUUAUUAUCUAUCCUGAUACUUAUCCUUCUUUUAUGUACAUAUCUACCUCAAAUACCUUGUUAUUAUCUAUCUUGAUACUUAUCCUUCCUUUAUGUACAUAUCUACCUCAAAUACCUUGUUAUUAUCUAUUCUGAUACUUAUCCUUCCUUUAUGUACAUAUCUACCUCAAAUACCUUGUUAUUAUCUAUUCUGAUACUUAUCCUUCCUUUAUGUACAUAUCUACCUCAAAUACCUUGUUAUUAUCUAUUCUGAUACUUAUCCUUCCUUUAUGUACAUAUCUACCUCAAAUACCUCAUACCCCUGCACGUUGAUCUGGUACUGGUACUCCCUGUAUAUACUGUAGCUCCAUUCUUGUGUAUUUUACUCCUCUUGUGUUACAAUUUUUCGUUGUAUUAUUAUUUCUUAACUCUGCAUCGUUGGGAAGUGCUUGUAAGUAAGCAUUUCACGGUUAAGGCUACACCCGUUGUUUUCGGUGCAUGUGACAAAUAUAAUUUGAUUUGAUUUACUCUAACUUGAUUGAUAGCCUGAAAUGGCUUCUUGGUAGCUAGUUAUAAAGUUGGGAGAUUGGGAACUAUAAUAAAAUUGCUAGGUGGCUAGUAGUAUUAUAGAGAAACAACAACAAAAAUACACUUCUUUUAAUCGGACAAAUCUGAGGUGACACGUGCACCUAUGGGCAUGACGUCUUGGAUUAUUAUUAUAGUUAUUUAUUUUUUUGCCGUUAUUGUUGAUGUAAUUAUCUCACUUCACUUUAGCAACAUUUGCUUUGUCAUUCAUGCUAAUAAAGCUUAUCUGUAUCUCAA